AUGACUUCGUUGAACUCUGGUGAGACUAUUUCUCCGGCGAUCACUGCUACAGCAGCUGUGGCGUCGACUUCUACUCACCCAUGGAAUCCCUUCUCCAAUUCGUUAACUUCUUCCCUCACUGUAAAACUUGAUCGGUCGUCUAUUUCUGAAGGAGUUCUUGCCUCAGUUGCUACCUAUUCUACCUAUCUUGCUAUUACCGGUUGCUGCAUCAGUGAUCAAGAUCUUGAGUUACAACUACUCAAUGGUCUUGGUCCAGAAUACGAUUCUAUUGUUUCUACCAUUACCUCAAGUUCUGAAUUGAAGAUUAUUGAAGAGAUUCAAGCACUUCUGAUGGCUCAUGAAUGCUGCCUAGAACGCCAUCAUUCCAUUGCUGAUAUCUUGGGGAAGAUGGCUAAAAAUUUGACCUUUAUCUCAUCAAGAACCAUGCCCUCACACACAUAUAGACCCAACUAUGGCUCUGGUAGAGGAUCUUCUACUGAUAUGGGGUCCAGAACAGUUGGUAGAAACUACUAUUGUGUUCCUCCCUCUUCCACAUGCCCUCUCUGUCAAGUUUGUCUAAAACUUGGUCACAUUGCAGCUAAAUGUCAUUAUUGUUUUGACAAGAAAUUUGUCACCCCAAAGAACACAAAUGCUCAACGAAGAGCCUAUCUCACAGAGCAAGAAUGUCACACUGGUGAAAUUGGAGAAGCUCAAGCAUAUAUUUCCACCUCUGUACCUGACUUUGGUGAUGACUCCCCUUAG